AUGUCCUCCAGCGAGUUCGACACAGUUCCCAAUGGCGCAUACAACACCAUUAAGCCUUGGAAGGUGAACAUCCCGCAGCAGCGGCUUGACGACCUCACAGCUGUGCUUAGACUCACACCUCUGGCACCACCGAUAUACGAGAACUCUCAGGGCGACUGGCAUUUCGAGAGCGGAGUAUUUGACUGGAGGAAACACGAAGCAUACAUCAACACCUUCCCACACUUCAAAGCCCAAGUCCACGAUGAGACACUCAGCAAUACCUUCGACAUCCACUUCGUGGCCCUUUUGUCGUCACGCAAGGACGCCAUCCCCAUCGUGUUCCUGCACGGCUGGCCGGGCAGUUUCUUGGAGUUCCUCCCGAUCCUCGAAACGCUCCGCUCGCGAUACAAGAGCGCCUCGGAUGAUCUCCCUUACCAUCUGACCGCCGCCGGUCUACCGGGGUACGCAUUCUCCUCGGCGCGGCCGACCGACAUGAACUUCACCACGGACGAUGUGGCGCGGAUCUUCGACCGUCUGGUGUUGUCACCGACCACCUCGGCUUGA